UUUAAAUUCUCUGUUCUCUGUAUCAAAGAUCUCUUCUUAGUUUUUCCUAGCAGACAACCCUGCUUCUUUGGUUCGAGGAUUCGAGAGUACUUGGAGCUGGUGGGCACCAUCUUGAAAAUCGGAUUUCGGGAAGGCCUGUUUCACGAUGGCAGGAAGGUUACUAUCACAGUCACUCCUCCGGAAAAUUCAACACAUCCAGAAAUUUGGAAUACACAACCGUUCGAGAAUUGGUAGCCGAGAAAUUGUUGGCUAUGGCUUCAAUGGGCAAGCAAGUUACAUAGACAGGUCGGAUUUCCCAAUGCCAGCUGUUCGAUUUAGGGAAAAUACACCAGAUGUUCAGGUACUGCGAGAGAAAGAGAAGGGAGACUGGAACAAGCUCACCCUGGAAGAGAAGAAGGCACUGUACCGUGCCAGCUUCUGCUUGACCUUCGCAGAGAUGCAUGCGCCCACGGGCGAGUGGAAGUCCAUCAUUGGCAUCACACUUCUUCUAAUGUCUGCAGGAAUAUGGGCAUACAUCCUUGAGAAGUUAUUUGUGUACCCAGAGCUGCCUGAAUCCUUCUCUGUGGAGAGAAAGCAAGCGCAACUUAAGAGAUUGAUCGACAUGCAGGCGAAUCCCAUAGAGGGUCUGGCAUCCAAGUGGGAUUACGAGAACAACAAGUGGAAGUAAAUCCUUGUAAUUAAAGACUUGUUCCUAGUGUCCGAUGUAGAAUAAUAAAAUUAAAAUAAUUUGACCAGUCUGUUCUUUUACAUACCGAAUACAGUUAUGAAAAAUAAAGUUAUUGGUCUGCAAAAUUGUGAUGCUUAAUGUUAUUUAUUCAUGAUAUUUUUCUUGUAACAAUGUGUGCCAUGAGCAUUGGCAUAUCUUGUUUGUACAGAUGGAUAACAGAAGCUGGGUUGAAAAAUGUUAUUGUUAAAAUGUAUGUUAUCAGUAUUGAAGGUGGUCUGAAGACCAGUCAGAUGUAAUAAAAUCUGGAAAUAGUGUAUAACGAAAAAUAUAAAUAUUUUAUAAAUAUUGUUAA